CCCCCGGGGGCCCCGCCCUCCACGGGGCCGGCAGUGCUGGCAGCCUCCCACUCCGGAGAGAGAGAUCGGAGGAGAAGAGAAGAGAAGAAGAGAAGAAGGGAUUGAGCCAGAAGAAUGUGAGGAGGAACGCAGACGCCUCGGCUGCCGCUUCUUCCCCCUGGUCUCUGGUCUGGAGAGAGAGCGGGACCCGAGCUGGACCCGGUCCGGGCCGCCCCCCGUCCGGGCCGCUGACCCGGCGUCGGGAUGUCGGCGCUGCGGAAGAAGCUGUUUGUCGGCGUGGGAACCGUUAGCGUCCUGCUGUGCGUCUACUUCCUGUGUCUGACGGUGCAGUGGCCUCCGGUGGGGUCGACGGUUCCUCUCAGGACCUUCCACUUCCUCGCCUCCAGGAUCAGCAGCCUCCAGGACCCCCAGGGCCCCCCGGAGAACCCCCCGCCCCCGGCCCCCAGCAGGGCCGCCCCGACUCCAACCGCUAACAGACCCCAGAACAGAUCCCAGGAUGCAUCAGGGCCCGGAUCCAAAUCCGUCGGGAUUCCCGGGGUCGGUAAAGUUCCCCAGACGGUCCGGCCGACCCGGCCGGCAGGACCCACGGAGCCGCCCUUCAUCGGAGACUCGUACAUGAGCGACGACGACGGGCCGAGACGACACGAUUGCUCAGACUCCAUUCCAGCCCGGGUCAGGACCACUGACUUCGGAGGGCGUUUCCUGGACCGGCUCCCGGUCCUGCAGUGGUUCAAACACGCCACUCCGGAGCAGUACCAGCGCCUGAGACAGUACCCGGGAACCCACGGCUGGGGAGGCCUCGACUACAACACUCUGGUGGAAACCCUCUCCCUCCUGAACUCCUCCGCUAACCGGCAGAUGCUGGACGACUGGACGGCUCGCAGCAACGGCUCGGCGUGCACCCGCUGUGCCGUGGUGGGCAACGGCGGGAUUCUGAGGAACUCGCAGAAAGGGAAGGAGAUCGACGGCCACCACUACGUCUUCAGGACCAACGGUGCGAUCAUCAAGGGCUUUGAGCAGGACGUCGGGGCUCGGACGACCCACUACAUCUUCUCCACCAACACGCUGAUGAACUCCAUGAGGAGCUACAGGGGCGCCGGAUACUUGGGCCCCCCUGUGUCUAAGGAAACCCGCUACGUCUUCCUCCCCGACCACGACCGGGACUACCUGCUGGCGAAGGCGGCGGCGACCCACACCCUGGUGACCCGGGGCCCCGAGAAGAACAAGGACCCGUUAAAGUACUUUGGCGAGGACGUGUCGGCCGCUAAGUUGAAGAUGUUCCACCCGGACUUCAUCCGUUACCUCAGGAACAGAUUCAUCCGGUCCAACGCUCUGAAAACCAAGUACAAGGACAUUUACCGUCCGUCCACGGGUGCAGCCAUGCUGCUGGCGGCGCUGCACACCUGCGACCAGGUUAGCGCCUACGGGUUCAUGACCCCCGACUAUAAGAACUACUCGGACCACUACUACGACAGCAAGUUCCACCCGGUGGCGUUCUACAUCAACCACGACCUGCGCCUGGAGAUGGCGCUGUGGCAGCAGCUGCACGCCGCGGGGCUGCUCCGGCUCUACAUGCGCAGCUAGCGUAGGGGGCGUGGUCAGGGGGCGGGGCCAGGGGGCGAGGCCAGGGUCCUGCCUCCAGGACAGGGGGUUCCCCAGGGGUCAAUCCUGGGGCCCCUGUUGUUCCACCUGCUUCCCUGAAGCCGCUACCGCGCUGCUACGAUGGUUCCCAACACCACUAUGCAGAUGACGCCCAGGUCUACAUGACAGAACUUUUGGGCCUGUGGUUCGUGUCCCCAAGUCUGCCGUCCGCAGAAAAAGAACCGAGAACUGUGUUAGUUGAAGGUUUCUAACCAAAGUUUAUUUAUGUCAAAGCCAAAUAUUGUCAUGGAAACGGCUCUAAUCAAGAAAAACUUUGCCAAAACCUCCUCAAGCUUCCAGGAGGUGGAUUUUCUGAUGAUCUUCCUCCACAGCUCGAUGUCUCCAUGUCGUUGUCAUGUAAUUAUUUAAUCUCAAUGCGUCACAUUCGUACGACGGAGUAUUAGGGCCAAACUUGGAAAUUACGAGAAUAAAGUCGUAAAAUUACGAGAAUAAAGUCAUAAUGUUGCGAGAAUAAAGUCGUAAUAGAAUAAAGUCGUAACGUUACGAGAAUAAAGUCGUAAUAUUAUGAUAAUAAAGUCGUCAUAUUACAAGAAUAAAGUGGUAAUUUAUGAGAACUCUAACAGGAAGAGUGUGUUAAAAUGUUGAAUAUUGAGCAUCUUGUGAAGUUAUAUUUAUAUAUUUAUAAUAUAUUUAAUAUUCCGACUUUAUUCUCGUAAUAUUAUGACUUUAUUCUCGUAAUAUUACGACUUUAUUCUCGCAAUUUUACGACUUUAUUCUCAUAUUAUUACGACUUUAUUCUCGUAAUUUUACGACUUUAUUCUCAUAUUAUUAUGACUUUAUUUUCGUAAUUUCCUUUUUUUUUGUUAGUUUGGCCCUAAUGCUCCGUCGUACAUCCGGACCUCUGAAUGAUGACGAGCGAUCUUCAUCACCGGGUCGGUGUUGGAGUCCCAUUUCCUCAUCGUUGACUUUUUAAGGGAAUUACAAGUUUACACUUUUUUUUUUUAAAUAAAUGUACCGUGCAUCCGGAAAGUACAGUAUUCACAGCGCUUCACUUUUUCCACAUUUUGCUAUGUUACAGCCUUAUUCUUAAUUUAAUAACAUUCAGUUUUUCCCUCAAAAUUCUACACACACCCCAUAAUGACAAUGUGAAUAAUGUUUUUUUGAGAUUUUUGCAAAUUUAUUAAAAAUAAAAAACUAAGAAAUCACAUGCACAUAAGUAUUCACAGCCUUUGCUCAAUGUUGAGCUUUAUGGCAAAGGCUGUGAAUACUUCUUAGUUUUUUAUUUUUAAUAAAUUUGCAAAACUUAAAAAAAAAAAAUUAAUUUAAUCCAUUUUGGAAUAAGGCUGUAACAUAACAAAAUGUGGUAAAAGUGAAGCGCUGUGAAUACUGAACUUUCUAUAUGAACUGUACAUUUAUUCAUUAAUUUUGUUUUAAAUAAAUGUAUAUUCCUGAUUGAAAGAAGAUUAUUUCCGUCCGUCGGAGGUAAAGUUGGUACUUGGUUUCUGUUCAGUCUGUGAAUUAUUUAUGGAUAACUUUAGACAUUUUUAAAGGGUUUGCAAAACUUUAAAGCUUUUUUAAGUUAAGCUGCAAUUAAAAGUUUACCACUUUAGCGAAUCCCACCAGCCGAUCAGCAGAGCUGAUUCACUCACGUCUGACGUCUAACUCUGUUGUUUUUGUUGUUUUUAAAUCUGUAUUUGUGUCAAAGCCGCCACUCUCUGAUUGUUGGACGUGGCGGCGAAAGUGCCUUAGGAAAAAAGCUGGUGGUGUUUUGGUUUUAAAAGGGAACCUGUUGCAAUUUGUGAAUGAUUGUAACUUUUUGAAACGGUUUAAAAGUAAAGUUCUUCUGAUGAUGAUGA